AUAUGUGGACAUGUGGUGUAAAUUAGCUCCAUAAAAAAUUAAAAAGAGAAAAGACAAAGAAGACGAAGAAGCAGUUGCUCCACCGCUACCGUCUACUGGUUUCUAGUGUCAAAUGUCAACUACCACCGUACCACGGGGAGGCAUGACAAGUGGAUUGGUUCACUAAUCAGUCAUCAGUGCAGUGUGCGAAAGGAUGGACUGUUUUUGCGGUGUAAACAAGACACUUCCUUCUUGCUCAGCCGUCCUCAAUUUCCGGGGUUUUUCAUCUGUUGGUGUAGGAUAUUCUGAAAAAUCUUUACUUCCACCAUUUCCACUUUCUAAACCCUGCCACCAACUUAAGAUCAAAGCUCAACCUUUUCUAAGAAAACAAAGUCCUCUGCAUCUCUCUUUUACAACAUAUAAGGGCCCUUUUGCACAAAGUAGACAGCAACCUUGGGACUUUGGAAGAUUCGUGAGUACAUUGUAUUAUUUCAACGGACCUCCCUCCCCUUCCAAGUUCUUCGAAUUUCUGAUUGAGAAACUAUCUGGUCCAUCACCUAGUAAGCCGGUAAAAUCGAUGGAUUCUUCUGGGAUCAUCCUUGUUGCUGGAGCCACAGGUGGUGUUGGAAGAAGAGUAGUAGACAUCUUGCGCAGCAAAGGGUUGUCUGUCCGAGCACUGGUCAGAAAUGAAGAGAAGGCGAGAAAAAUGUUUGGUGAAGAUGUUGAUCUGAUUGUAGGUGAUAUCACUAAGGCUAGCACUCUGCUCCCUGAGUAUUUCAAAGGAGUGAGAAAGGUUAUUAAUGCUGUUUCAGUUAUUGUUGGCCCCAAGGAAGGGGAUACCCCUGACAGGGCCAAAUACAGUCAGGGGAUCAAGUUCUUUGAACCAGAGAUAAAAGGUUCUUCACCUGAAAUGGUUGAGUACAUCGGUAUGAAAAAUUUAAUCACUGCUGUGAAGGAUGGUGUUGGGCUUCGUAAGGGAAAACUUAUAUUUGGAUUUGAAGGCAAUUUGUCUCAAACACGUGAAUGGGGUGCCUUAGAUGAUGUUGUGAUGGGAGGAGUAAGUGAAAGCACAUUCCUGAUAGAUCCAACCGGUGGGGAAAAUGGUGAACCAACAGGGAUUUUCAAAGGAGUUGUUACCACUGCAAAUAAUGGAGGUUUCGCCAGUACGAGGACAAAGAAUUUUUCUGUACCAGAAGAUCUUUCUGCUUAUGAUGGCCUGGAGCUGCGGCUAAGAGGUGAUGGCUACCGUUAUAAGCUUAUCAUUCGCACUAGCCGUGAUUGGGACACUGUGGGUUAUACAGCGAGCUUUGACACAGUGGCGGGUCAAUGGCAAUCGAUUCGUUUGCCUUUCUCUUCUUUGAGGCCUAUUUUUCGAGCACGAACAGUACCAGAUGCGCCACCUUUUGACGCAAGCCAAAUUAUAUCAUUGCAGUUGAUGUUCAGUAAGUUCGAGUAUGAUGGUAAACUAAACCCAACUUUCAAGGAAGGUCCUUUUCAACUUCCGUUAUCACAAAUUCGUGCAUACAUAAAGGAUCCUAUCACUCCCAGGUUUGUACACGUGGGGUCUGCAGGUGUUACUCGACCUGAAAGACCAGGACUAGAUUUGAGCAAACAGCCUCCUGCUGUGCGUUUGAACAAGGAAUUGGGCUUCAUCUUGACAUUUAAGCUAAAGGGAGAGGAUUUGGUGAGGGAAAGUGGAAUUCCAUAUACAAUAGUGAGGCCUUGUGCUUUGACUGAAGAACCUGCUGGAGCCGAUCUCAUUUUUGAUCAAGGAGACAAUAUAACAGGAAAGAUAUCCAGGGAAGAAGUUGCUCGGAUAUGUGUGGCUGCUCUAGAAAGCCCAUAUGCAUGUGACAAGACAUUUGAGGUCAAGAGUGUUAUUCCAUUUAGCGAGCCAUUCACUGUGGAUCCUGAAAACCCCCCUCCAGAAAAAGAUUACGAUGUUUACUUCAAGACUCUGAAAGAAGGCAUCACUGGGAAAGAAAGCCUCGAGCCAACCCCUGUUGCUGCAUAACGAACAAGAUUUUGUAGGGGUGAAAUCUAUACAAGAGUACAACUUUGAAACUUUGUGUUCCUUUUACCCAUCAGUGUAAAUAUAUCUUGUCUGAGCUCUGUGGUGGAUAGAUUCUUCUCCAACGUGGAAAGCUCAAGGAAGGACGUGACGAAAAAGGUGACUUUAUCAAACUAAGACAAAGUUCAAUCCACGUAAAGAUACACUUUUCACCUUCUAAAAUAGAAAUGUAUUAUAUGUGCCCUUAUCUGAUUUACACUCUGCUUCCCUAUUAAUGCUACCACUAAAAUGCAUCUUACCUGGUUUUACUUGAACUAUCAUUAUCAAGAACAAACCAAAAGUUAUCAAGGGAAUAUAUACCCAAAUCUUACUAUACUCA